AUGGGAUCCCAGCCGCCGGCCUCCCGCGUCGCCCUGGAGCCCCUCGCCACGGUCGACCCCGCCGCGCUCGCCGGCCUCCCGGUCUCCUCCCCGCUCACCGUCCGCUCCGCCGCGCUCUCCGGCCACCUGCUCUACCUCGGCACCGGCGGCGGCAAGCUGCUCCUCUUCUCCCUCCAGGAUCCCUCCACCCCCGAGUUCCUCCGCCUCCUCCCCAUCGGGGCCACCCUCCCCGUCUCCGCCAUCGUCCCGCUCCCCUCCGUCGUCCGCAUCCUCGUCCUCGCCGACGGGCUCCUCCUCCUCGCCGACCCGCUCCUCUCCCGCCCCGUCCGCCGCCUCGGCUCCAUGCGCAGCGUCGCCGCCGUCGCCGCCCACGGCGUCGACCCCGCCAACCCAUCAUCAUGCUCCGUCGCCAUCUCCGUCGGGAAGAAGCUGCUCCGGGUCGACCUGACUCUGCACGACGCCGACGAGCUGGAUGUGCAGACGCGCGAGAUCGCCUCUGUCGAGGGGGUCAAGGCGCUCGCUUGGGUCGACGACUCUGUCUUCGUUGCCACCGCCACUGGGUACUCCCUCUACUCGAGCACCACUGGCCAGGGUGUGGACAUAUUCUCGCUACCUGAAUCCUCCGGCCACCCAAGGGUGAAGCCGCUCUCUGGAGGUGACGAGGUGAUGCUCCUGGUCGACAAUGUCGGUGUUGUGGUCGACAGAUUUGGCCAGCCGGUUGGAAGCAGCUUGGUGUUCAGCACCACCCCCGACUGCAUAGCCGAGGUGUUCCCCUAUGUGAUUGUUGCUGGGGACUCCAAGGUCGAUGUGUACAGGAGGAGAAACGCCGUGCACCUACAGACCAUUCCGGUUGCCAGGACUGGACAAGGCAUUUUGAUUGUGGCUAGUGAUGAUGACGGGAUCGGCACGGAGCUAGUUGUGAUCGCUACGACUUAUAAGGUUUUUUGCUACCGUAAAGUAUCUGCAGUGGAGCAAAUUAAGGCAUCUUUACGAAGAAAGAACUACAAGGAAGCUAUUUCUUUGUUAGAAGAGUUUGAGUCUGAUGGUGAAAUUUCAAAGGAUAUGAUCUCUUUUGUCCAUGCACAACUUGGAUUUUUGUUGUUUUUUGACUUGCGUUUCGAGGAUGCUGUAAAUCAUUUCUUGUUAUCGGAGACUAUGCAGCCAUCAGAAGUAUUUCCAUUCAUUAUGCGGGAACCUAACCGUUGGUCAGAUCUGGUGCCAAGAAAGCAGUAUUGGGGUUUGCAUCCACCCCCUAAGCCCCUUGAAGAAGUUAUUGAUGAUGGUCUGGUAGCAGUUCAACAGGCAUUGUUUCUGAAAAAGGCAGGUGUGGAUACAGUUGUGGAUGAAGGUUUCCUUUCAAAUCCACCAAGUAGAGCUGAUCUUUUGGAACUAGCAAUCAGAAAUAUUAUCAGGUACCUUUGUGCAUCACGGAUGAAGAAUUUAUCUUCUCCAGAGAUGGAAGGAGUUGAUACUCUUCUGAUGUAUCUUUAUAGAGCACUUCAUCUUGUUGAUGACAUGGAGAAGCUUGCAUCAUCUCAGAAUAGCUGUAUUGUGGAUGAACUAGAAUCCCUUUUGGAUGACUCUGGACAUUUACGGACACUUGCUUUCUUGUAUGGCAGUAAAGGAAUGUGCUCCAAAGCUCUUUCUAUAUGGCGUUUACUGGCAAGGAAUUAUAGCACAGGUUUGUGGAAGGAUCUGUCUGAGAAUGGUUUCUGUGGAACUUUGGUUGGCAAAAGGUCUGGCGAGGAGAUUGCCGCUAUAGAAGCAGCCAAGAUCCUCAAAGAAUUGUCUAAUGAGGACCUUGUUCUGGAACAUCUUGGAUGGGUGGCAGACAUUGAUCAAGAUCUAGCGAUUGCAGUUUUAACAUCUGAGACAAGGGAAAAUCAACUCUCACCAGAAAAGGUUGUCGCUGCUGUUGAUGCAGAAAAGGUUGUGAUCCAUCAAAGAUAUCUGCAGUGGUUGAUUGAGGACCAGGGCUGCGAUGACCCUCACUAUCACACAUCAUAUGCUCUUUCACUGGCUAAAUCUGCGAUUGAAGCAAUUGAUAUGGAAUCUAAAUAUAGAGGGAAAGACAAUAGUGAAAUUGAUUCUCAUGCACAAUUUAUUUAUUUAUUAAGAGAGAGCUUGCAAUUGUUUCUGCAAGCUUCAGACCUGUAUGAUCCAGAAGAUGUGCUCGAUGUGAUAGUAGAAUCUGAGCUAUGGCUGGAAAAGGCAAUACUGUAUAGGAAAAUGGGCCAAGAGAAUAUUGUACUUCAGAUACUAGCAUUGAAGCUGGAGGAUAGUGAAGCCGCUGAGCAGUAUUGUGCUGAGAUUGGUCGAGAUGAUGCCUAUAUUCAGCUUUUGGGUUUGUAUUUGGAUCCUCAAAAUGGGAAGGAGCCUAUGUUUACAGCAGCUGUACGACUUCUUCAUAAUCAUGGUGAAUCUUUGGACCCCAUACAAGUAUUGGAGAGAUUAUCUCCUGAUAUGCCUCUUCAGCUGGCAUCAGAUACAAUUUUACGGAUGCUGAGGGCCCGAGUGCACCAUCAUUGCCAAGGGCAGAUAGUCCACAAUUUAUCACGGGCGACAAACCUAGACGUGCGGUUGACAAGACUGGAGGAGAGAUCAAGGCACGUGCAACUAACCGACGAGAGUAUCUGUGACUCCUGUCGAGCUCGCCUUGGCACCAAGCUAUUUGCGAUGUACCCAGACGAUUCAGUUGUUUGCUACAGGUGCUAUCGGUCCCAGCAAGGUGAUUCUUCAUCAGGGCGUGGCCGUAGCUUGAGGAAAGAUGUUAUAUUCAAACAGAGCUGGCUUGUCAGUAGAUAG